CGCCUGUGUUGCUGUUCUCCAGCUGAGGCUGUUGACUAUGGAGAUGUGCGCGAGCUGAAAAAAAGAAGAAAAAUAAAUAAAUAACGGCAAUUUCAGUAACAAGUCUGACUUUCUAAUAUAAAUAUUGCGAAUAUGUCUGGCAUAAAUAAGACGAAUGGAAGGUCUUCUUUUGUCGGUCCGCCAGUAAGCUGUUCACGCUUACGGCAAGUUCAGGCUCUCCUGAAAGCUGAUGGCGAAACAGUUCCAGAUGGCAUCCUCUGCUCACUGGGUAUCGACAGCCGUUAUAAUGAGGGCUGUAGUGAGUUGGCCAGCUACCUUUUCUUUGGUCUCUAUCAACACAGCCAGAAGCAGCUCUGUGAGGACUUUCCUGAGGAGGUGCUGGAUGAUGUGAUCCUUCUCAUAAAGGCAGAGAGUGUGCACCUCUAUUGUAACCCUGUGAAUUAUAGCUACUUGCUUCCUUACAUUUCCCACUGGAGGAAUCUGCACCUGCACUGCAUGACUGAGGCAGAGUACGAGGAUGAGGAAGCCGCAGAAGAGUUUAAAAUCUCCAGUUUUGUGGCUAUGGUUGAAGACUGCAGUUGCAUUGGAAUACCCUACAGCUCUCAAAGUCAUGUGCAGAAGUUUGAUAUGUUCAUGUUAGAGAAGUGGCCCAUUAUUCAAGCAUUUGCUCUGGAAGGAAUAGGAGCUGGUGGUUUUUUCACCAUGAAAUACAAGCUGACUGAUAUGAGUGAGAGUCUUUGGGAGAUUUAUGCAAGACUAGACCCGGUGUCUUUGGACUAUCUGCUCAGUGAGGAUUUGCUGUUGUUUGAGAAGCAGUGGAGCUGCUUGUUAACCAGUGUGAACACAGAGAGCCCACUGUCCAUGCAGGAGAUGUCAGAGGCUCAGACUGCAGAGCCAUUCAGAACAUAUUACUCCCAUGGUCUCAUAUCAAGUAAUAUCACAGAUAAAAGCCGACAGCCAUAUGUGCUGUUUGGGAGUCACUCCUCCAAAGAUGACCUGGAAAACUAUUGCUUCACCUUCCCCUCUGAGGGCCACCAGGUCCGCAACACUGGACCUUGUGGGAGUGCUGCAAAACACAUGCUGCUUCAGUGCGUGGCUCCUAAAGGCCCACUGACCUGUGCAAGAACAUAUUUCUUUGGCAGUACUCAUGUCCCAUACCUGGGGAAUGAUAAUAGCACCGCACAGAAGUCAUCAGAAGUCAUGCUGCUUACACAGAUCUACACAGCUGCUGUUCAGUCAGUGCUGGCAGGAAUAAAAUGCUUCUCCAUCAACUCUAGCGCUAGCAAGGCAAAGGAUGUAGCAGAGCAAACAUUUCAUUUGGCUUUGGAAACCUUUGGGAUGCUUCAAUACAGGAGUGCUCUCAGGUCUAAAGCAGUAUUCAGCAUCGAAGCUGUGAACAAUGCAGGCAGAGUUAUACCCCUCAGUGAUGAGCACAGUCGCUUUCUGGUCAAAACUGCCUCCAUGGUAGUGUAUGAUAUUCCAGAUCUCCAGUGGGGGGGAGGGGACCUGGGCUCUGUAGUCUUCUCUGAGUCUUUCCUGGAGUCUAGCAUCUACAUUCAGCAGAGGGAUGGAGCGCUUGCCUCAAACAGCUUUUUCACUCUGCUUACCUCUUCAGUCCCUCGCUACAUCUCCUGGAUGGUGGAUGAUUCUGAUGUGAGAUUGUCUGAGCAAGCUCUGCAUUUUUUGAAGGAGGAGAAUGGAACAUGUUUAGGGGUUCCUCUAACAACAAAACACUCAGCACAGGUGUUCUCUAACAGUUUACUUUCUACACCUGAAGAAGGGAAGGUGGUGUUUUUCUCAGAGGGUAUAUUGAUUGUCCAUCCACAUUAUGGUAUCAUCACUAUGUCCAAGAAUCAUAUCAGAAACAUCAUAAUUUAUGAUGGGGACUCUUUCUCUGCUGUUACCAUGCUGUUUAUUGAGUAUGAGUCCUCUCUGCGUCCACAUCUUCCUUUUCCUCUACACAGCGCUGACUCUUGUCUGGCCAUCUCUCUGAUGCCCAAAACCAAGGGUUACAAACACUUUUACUCACAGGUCCUGCAGGUUUGGAGUAAGCCUGAUUCAAAGCUCCAUGUGCAGCAUGUUGCCCAAGACCAGCUGGGUCUGGAACAGAUGAGCAUGUACUCCAGAUUGCUGAAGUUCCAUGAGGUACAUGGUUCAUCUGCAGUAAAUACCAGAGCAACCCAGAAGACUGCUUAUCCAGACCUGCCAGAUAUGGACAGGUUUCUGAAGCACUUUGCUAUCAGUAGUAGCAUCUGUGAGGAGUCUGUGUACAGUGAACACCUAGCUGCACUAUUCCCAAACACACACCCCAAAACAGCUGCUCCUGAGUCAGAGCAAAAGGUGGUCCUUUCAAUCAUCACAGGCUUACCAGGCAGCUGUAAAGAAAGUUUGUGUGAUUUUUUGGUGGAUGUGAAUCAGGAAUGUGGCAGGUGGGAGGUAUACCGCCCUGACCUGGACUCAAAAGAUCUAUGUGUGCCACAUCUCCAGCGGUUCCUGAGUGGCCUUGUGGCCAAAACAAGUGAGACAUAUUUAAAUACCCCAAGAGUGCUGCUGCUGACAUCAGGGUACACAGACGUGUUGGAUAUGGUUCAAGCUGUCAUAUGUCAUCCAGACCCACAGGUCCAGAGCAGAGUGUGUGUGGGUGCUGUCACAGCCUGUGUCAACCCACUAACAUCUUUUAUGGAACACAGGUCUUUACCUACUUCCCAAAGGCUGCUCUUCCCCAAACUCCUGGAGCAGUGCAGUCAGGGGGUAGUGAGUAAUGUGGUGUUUACGGGUUUGACUGCUGAGCAGAAGCACCCUCUGCUGAAAUACAUGCAGCAGCUCAUUCGUUCAGCGAAUCCCAAUGCAGCAUUUAUCCUAGCCGAGAGAGGAGCUGUGACCAGAACGGAGGAUAUGCGGCUGAUUCUGAGUGACAGCAGUUUUUGUGAGUCUCAGAUGAUCAGAGCCAGAUAUCUGCUCUACCCUGGCUGGUGGGAGGGCAGGUUUGUGUCUGGUUGUGGAUCUGUAUCAAUGUCCCAACACUGCGUACAGUUCAACCGCCCACUAGAAAGAUCCUUAUUUCUGCAUUGCUGCAAAGGAUUAAAGUCAUCCCUCAGAGGCAGCCCUUUUACAGGAAACAUCUAUCACAUCAGUGGGAAAGUGCUCUUCUCUGACAGUGACAAGUUGUGGAACGUGAGCUGUAACUCAAUCAGUGGGAGUGUGACUGUGGCCCUUGAUCAGGUCUCAACCCGUAGCCCCCAAAUCACGCAAACUUGUUACCUGCUGAUCCAUGGGGUAGGACUCACCCAGAACGGCAUGAGGGACUGGCUCAGACAGUGUGCUAAACAGAAAGUACCAAAGAAAGCAAAGAAGACUAGAAGUACUCUUACACCACAGGAAAUCAGAAAUAUCCAUAUGAAGAGGCACCUGGAACCGCUUCCUUCUGGUUACUUCUAUAAUGGCCAUCAGUUUGUCAGUUUCUUUGGAGAGAAGCAGAACUUCCAUCCUUUAAUGGACCAGUUUGUAGAGGAAUAUCUGCAGGAGGCCAAUAAGGAGAUUGAGCGCUUUAACAGUGAGGUGGACCUGUAUGCACCCAGGGAUCUCUUUGACUAGAGUUCUUCCUCUGUCCUGGUCACACCGGAUAGGGCUUCACUCCAGGACCAAUGAUGUCUGCAAUCAUCUGUUCCCUAUACUGUCCACACAAUGUUAAGGGGAUAACUAAGUCACUAAAAUGGGAGGGGUUGGCCACUUCAUAAAUUCCCACCAUAAAUUCAGGGAAAACCACUGCAGUGUAGAUGAUGAGAGAUUUUCACCCAUCUCACUACCACUCUGUACUAUUUCCUGAGAGCCAUUCCUUCUGUGAAUAGCACAUUUAGCAUAUAAUGGGAAGAAACAGAGUGCAUGUUAAGAUGUGGCAUGAGUUCAUAUAUAUUAAAAUAGUAAUAAAAGUCUUAUGCUACAUUCAUAAUUGUGGCAAUAUAUUAUGAAGAUCAUGUUAACCAUCUUGUGAUGAUGUUGGUGCUCUGAUGCCUUUAAAUCAAGCCUAUCUAAUGUAUUAAUCUGUUCACACACAUACCUAUAACUCUGCAUGUAGGUUUUUUUAUUGCUGGGACAUAACAAGUAUAACAGAUGUAGGUACUCUUCAUUUAAAUUCUCUCUCCGUAGUAAACCUCAUCAUAAUGUAUAUAAUGUGAAUAUACUACUAAGGAGGUUGUGUAGAUAUCACUAUAGCUAGAGAGAUAAAAGUGCUUAGUCCUAGUUCCACUCUAAUUCCGGUACCAGUUACACAAAGAGUAAGUGCUAGGAUCAUAGCUAAAUGCUAAUAGAGUUUGUCAGCAGGGGCAAACCUGCACUAACAGGAGAUGCCUCAGAAGUCCACAUCCAGGGGAGUACAGAUGGGGAGACAGAUGUGAUGGUCCAUCAGUCUGUAGACUCCAGCUGUGGAGCUGUGGUGAUCAUCUCUCAUCUAAGGCAGAGCUCAGACAACCAGUGGCAUCAGACUGAAGUGGCCAAAAAAGGAAAAUUCCACUGGGGUGAGGGUUGGGGGGUUAGGAUAUGUGGUAUGGGAAGGAUGGUUAUGGAAGGGGCAAUGGUCACGGAGUUUGAUGGGAAUCUGAGUUUUCAGUUGAGUGGGAGGUUGGGCUGUAGAAUUAAUUUGUGAUGUGGAGCAACAUGGUAGAGCCUUUUCUUAAUGUGGGAUGAAUGCUUUCUUGUGAAGCCUAUUUUCCAAUUAAUGUGUGUAGGGGGUUGUGGAGAGUCAUAUAUUAACUUUCUUUGACUCAAUUAUGGUUAAUGCGUGUUUAUUAGAGCCUGUAGCGGUGAAUCUAAUGUGUCAUGUUGUUUGCAGGCGGAUUUAGCUCUUCACCUGGGGUCACUCCUCUAUGCAUGCUUACUCAAACUAAAUGUGCACAGCAGGGGAGAAGCAGUGUCAUUCUCAAACAUGCAUUCUGAUAUUUGACCUUGCAUCUAUAAGACGAGUAUUAAAGAAGCCAAAAGUAUAGCGCAUCUAAAGUGAAUGAAAUGUUAAAUAUUAUAUGAAAGAAAUGUUUGCUGUGAAAUGGGGUGAGGAUGCACUUGCAAAAAAAAAUUCAGACACUGCUGCUCCUCUCUGUGCUGCAAGAAUAAAAGGUAUAGUAAUGGAAUUCUAUAUACGAAGUGUUAGCACUCUGUAUGCGCUCUCACCAUAUCCAGUAUAAGAGUAUAUAACAGUUGCUGUGGUCAUUGAUAUGCUCGAGAGGUGUGUUACUGUUGCUGUUGCUAUGGAGAUUUACAAUACAGCACACUUGCCACUAUCACCAUGGAGACUUACCACUUCGUACCUUUUUAGCAAUCAAUCGCAGUUUGCCUCAAGAUAUCACACUUGUCUUAGCAUAAACUCUGUAAGUACAGGUUAUUGUGAGGCUGUGUGUCCACUGUGCAGUAAAAGGUGAAGUCAGACCAGCUCACACCAGGCUGACUGACAGAGCUUUUUCACUGAGCAGUUCCUCUGCGAGUUAGACAAUUUUUGCAGCAUCUCAGACACACAGAGCAGCUGUUCUGGGGCUAUGGGGCUCCAUAAUGCUUCUGUAAUCUGUAGUUCAGGGUAGCAGUCAUUUUAGCACAUACUACGUGCAUGUGUUAAUAUGUCUUACUGAGGUAUAUUUAUAUUUAUAACACAAAUGCCUUUCACCAAACUGGUACUACAGAGAGAAAAAAACUAUUUUGCAUACCUAAAGAGAAUUGAAUUACCUAGAGAGGAAAAAAGUGUAUUUUUGUAAGGCUGUUUAUUUAAAAUGCAAAAAAAAACUGAUUAAAUUAGGGGUAUGUUUCACUCCUGUAACUUAUUUCAGAGGCUUCCUAUUAGGCUGACUGAAGUGCCUUGGCCAAGAGGAACAGGCACAUUGCCAGGCAGAGUUGAGCACCAGUAUUGGUGAAAGGAUAAGCAGAGUGUUUUUCUUAUUUGUGAAGGGUCGGAUGCUGGCAGGCAAGAGGGCACUGGAGGGCAGCAGAGCAAAAUUUUAAACAAAGACACAUCAGUGUCAGGGCAAAGCCUAAGCCUGGAUUAAGUGGACUGGGUGUUCUUUUAAAGACAUCUUAUUUAACAGUUGCAUGAAUGAAUGCAAAUUUGGCAGCGGGUAAGUCUUUAGUUUGCUUUUGGAGACAGACCCCAGUGAGGCCCUCCAGGCUGUCCCUAUAACUGCCUGCGAGGUCUUCCCUGACCACUGUACCUGUGUAGCUGAGGUUAGAGGACUAAAACAGAGUUUGGUGUCAAAGAAAGAAUUAGCCUUUUAUAUGUGAAAAAUUGUUAUGAUUAGCUGAAGGGUCGCAUCAGUGUUCCGAGAGGCCAUUCCUUAAACUGAACUUUUAAAAAAAAAUAAAUAAAUAAAACUAUAAUUGUCGGUUGCCUUGGCUUUGGCCUCUGUUGGAACAAUAAUAUUAUUCAGCAAUAUCUUAAACUUGCUGUAAGUGCUGAGGGCUUGUUCCUGACCAAACCAUCUCACUCCCAUCUGUUAACCUCUCUUUGAAAUCUGUUCAUUCCUAAAAUCAGCAGGGUUAAUCAGAGACUGCUCCUGCUGAAGUUUUCUUUCUUAUGUUCCCAGGUACUGGAUCAUAUUGGCUGUACCAACAUAUAAGAAUUUCCCAUCACAGAUGACAGAGACUUAAUUGCACUUGUUAUGCUAAUCAGGUUACACUUGGUGGUGAGAGGAGCUUAUUUGGAAUACAGAAACUUAAGGGCUAAUUUACACUGCUCAAGAUGUUUGGUAGGGAACAAGCCUAAAGUAAAGAAUUCCAGACCUAAAAUAAGAAUAGUCAGUAUGUUAUUGCCUGCACAAAGAACACAUUCCUAUUCCGUCCGGACUGUGGACAAAGUAAGUUAUUUCUGAACCUUUUUAGUUCCAGAGAGAAGAUAAAGGAAAAGGGGUGAUAGAUUCCUAAGGUUUUACCUCAGGAUACCCAAUGUUUGGAGUUCAUACUGAUAUUUGUGGUGAAAAUGGUUCAAACAGUUGUACUUGAAAAGUGCCAAAAUGUUAGAGAUUCACUAAAGUGUGUGAAAGUUCAAAUAAUUGAGUUGUGUUUGCACAAAACUACUGAAACUCAUGUUUUCUCCUGUGACUUAUGCUUUUGAUAAUCUAUAUGUUAUAUUUAUGAGAUUAAGUAAUCCAUUAAACUAUUUAUAACCCACUUAA